ACGAAAGACCAAUGCAAAGCCCCCACAUAGGCUAUCAGUCUAUCACACGCAGAAGGAUCGAAGCCAUCCCCGCCACUCCCUGGGUCUGCGGACUCGUCCAAUGGCGGUGUCUUCUCCCUCCCUCUCGCUAUUCCUGCUGCUACUCAUCGCUUCCUCGUCAAGCGCCGAUCCCUCGGAUGAUGGGAACGAUGAAGCGCUAGCUCUGGAGUCGGUGAGGAGCCUCCUCGAUCCACAGCAGGGAGUGCUCACGGACUGGAAUCUUGCGCUAGUGAAUCCCUGCACCUACUCCUUUGUCACCUGCACAGAUGACAAUCGUGUCAUCAGUCUGGAAGCUCCAAGCCGGAAUCUCUCAGGGCGCCUCUCACCAAGCAUAGGAAACUUGACCAAUCUCGAGUCUCUUAUGCUGGAAGACAACAGCAUAACUGGGACAAUCCCUGCAGAGAUUGGCAAGCUUAGCGGGCUCAAGAAACUCGAUCUCUCCAGCAACCACUUGUAUGGUGAAAUCCCUUCCUCUCUGUUCUACCUUGAAAGCCUCCGGUACAUAAACCUGUCCUAUAAUAACUUGAGCGGACCGAUACCCAAAUCGUUUGCAGGGACACUCUACAUUGUCGGGAAUCCUCUCAUCUGCGGUGAGAAUUCAGGGCAAGACUGUUCCAGUUCCGGGACUGCGUCCUCGCAGGCUAGUCUACCAACGGCUAUGACUAAAAGCCACAAGUUUGUAGUUGCAGUUGGUUCCAUGAUCGCCUGCAUCAUCUUCCUUCUAUUUCAAAUAUCUUAAAUUGGGGGCAAUCCUCUGAUCUGUUGUGCGAAUAAGGACUAAAGAGCAGGAUUGUAAUGGGCGUCAAGCUAGAUGAUUAUCAGAUCCCUGUACUAUUCAAACUGAACUAUGCAAUAAACUAGUUGGACAAUUUCUUGAUCA